AGAGCCUGGCUGUUAUUUUUCCGUCCAUCCCUCCCUCUUAUAUUCCAGAGAAUCGGGGCAAAAUAGUCGACGUCUCUCCCUCAUACUUUCCCUCUUUCUCAGACUCAAAGCAUGUUUUUGCACGUGUUGUACAAUCUUUUGAAUAGUUUCUCCAAGGUCACCUCCACAGCUCUCUCUGCAGGCUUCCUUCCUGCCACUUUGAAACAGUCGCCGUGCAUAAUGGUGCCUUUUCGAAUGGAUGCUCAAUCUUUUCACAGUAGUCCAAUGUGUUUGGAAGACAUGCAGAAGAAAGCACAGCCUGAUGAACAACCAUAUAGACAUGUAGAAUAUAUGCCCUCAAGAAGGUUCAAGACCUCUCCAAAUCCAGUUGCUAUUGCUUGGGUCAUUGGUCUUCCCUCUGCAUUCACCCUUUUCUUCCUUGCUAAGAGACAAGUGGAAAAGAAACGUGUGAAACAGAUGAAAGCUCGCCGACAGAUGAUGGCAGCCAGUAAAGAAGAUAAUUUGACCCAAAGAACAGAAAAGCAUCUAGAUACUAAGACUAGUUGAACUGUACACUUCAAUCAUUAAGUUACUGCCUUCAGAUUCUCAAAUUCCAGUACUUAAUUGGAGCAGAGUGUUGUGCUGGAGAGCAGUUCCAAUUUCUCAAGUCUGCAUUUCUAUGGAUCAAAGUUAUCAAUAAAUUACCAUCAAGAUUACUGCAAUAAUCCUCUACAUCAGGGGUAUCUCAGGCAAGAAACAGCGGCCUGGCUUUAAGCGUAUUGUGCUUUUCUUGCUUUGAAGGGAUUUCAUGCUAAAUCUGGAUAAAUGAAGAUGAAAUCGCAGGAGCUGUGAUCAUGUGGGUGAUAAGAAUCCACUUAUACUUUAUUUUUUUAUUUUUUGUGAGCCAUGUUUUCUGAAUAAUCGUGGGUUCUUUCAGUUAUAUCCCAUCAUAUUCUGAGUAGCAAAUGAAACCAGAUCACACCAUUCUAUCUUACCAAAAAUGUAUGUAAAAUAUUGAACUCAUUAAAUAUUUGAAAAAUUUUAAA